AUGUAUAGCAAGGCUAAAACUGCGAAGACCCUCUGUUUUGGCGACAAAUCUAUCACCGUGAAGAAGGAUGAGCUGCUGAACAGCAUUCGACCGACAGUAUACCGCUUAGAACUCGAGGAGCCUCGUCAUGGACUUCCAAGGAUGGUUAUCGUCAAGCAAGAAAAGCCUGAGCAGGAAUAUGAGUUUGAGCAAGAGAAAAAUGCCUAUGAGAAACUACAAGACCUUCAGGGGACUCUAAUUCCAACUCUAUUCGGUCAAGGAUAUUUCAAUGGGCGCCCGGCCUUAAUACUUUCAGAGAUUGAAGGCAUUACUCUACGCGAUCUUGCUAAAUUUCAAUCAAGAAUUUCGGAGAAAAUACUUGAAAUUUGUCUUGAGGAAGCCUUUGAGAAGCUGAACAACUACGGAGCUGAGUAUUGUGAUCUAAACUUGGGUAACUUUCUGUUCUGCAACAAUGGACAAAUAGUAGUUGUCGACUUGGAAGACGUUGAAUUUCCUGAUCGAUUGCAUUCUCAGGAACGCAAGGUGAAUACAGGGAGUGUGCGUCAUUUGAUGAGCAGAUUCAGAGAUGUGAAAUACCCACAACGUCCUCCAUCACCUGUCAAUUGGGCGUCUUGCACUGGGGAUGGUGAUGAUAAGAGCAGCUUAGAAGCGCCCGAACCCUACAAUUCCAUUAUGGGGCUUGUGAAUCGGGAGAGACCAACGGUACUUCUAUAG